CCUGCCGCAGGUCCCGGCAGGGGGAGUUGGGAAUCCGCGCGUGGGCUGCGGUGGGGGGCUUGGCACGAGGGCUCCCUGGAGUUGCACGGCUUGUGAGAGACUGACGUUAAAAUCGAGUUUCUUUACGCCACACUAGGAAUGGAGAUCGUGAAGCAUGGAGAUCGAGGAGAAACCACCGAAAAGUUAGCAUCCUUCUAGAGAAGCUCUGGAAUAGGAGAGUGAUAUUCCACCCAGAAUGGAAGUGUGUCCGUAUUGUAAAAAGCCAUUUAAGCGAUUAAAAUCCCACUUGCCACACUGUAAGAUGAUAGGACCACAUAUACCUGCUGAUCAGAAAGUUUGUCACUCCCCGCCACCUACACUCCCACCUGCUAAAAAAAUGAAAGGGCCAGUCAAAGACUUAAUUCAAGCUAAAGAGAGGGAGUUUGGGACAGAGAAGGAGAAAAGAAAUCCUAAGUUGAAAAGGCACACACCAGAACGGACAGAUAAGUCCUUUCCACUAUUAGCUGGUUUGGAAAAAGCAGGUAAUACAAAGACACAUAAAGACGUCAAGAAUCAAAUUCAACUCUCCCUCAAAAUGUUAAAAAAUACUGAACCAAAGAUUACUUUCCAGGGAGAAACUAAGGCUCAGUUUUAUGCAUCAGAGAACACUACUCCUGAAAAAGAACUUGCCAAAGAUUUGCCUAAAUCAGGGGAAAGUAGAAGUAAUCCUUCAGAAACUGAAGCAUCUUUACCUCUUGGCCCAUUGUUUCCUUCUUCAUCAAAUCAAGGUAGAAAAUAUUCUUCAGCCUUACCUAAUGAUGUACAGACCACUUCUGCUAAUUUAAGAUUGGACAAAAUUGAUCCCCCAAGACAGAAGCUUCUAGCAAAAUUACCAGAUAUGCCUACUGAUGAUUAUCAUAAUUCUCCCCUGAAUGUCAAUUAUGGGGUUAAAAGAGUAAGAUCAUCGUUGUCAAACAGUGAGAGAGAUUCCAAGGCCGGGGAUCGCCUCUCGGAUGUCUCUACUAAUUUUAGAGACUCUGAGUCUCAGGAAAAGAACACAGAAUCACAAAUUUUAAGUUUUAAAGUUAGCCCAUUAGGUAGAAUCCAAGUCAGGGAGAAGCAGGAAAAAGGACUUAACCUUGAAGUAGAGGCAUGUGGGAGAAAAGGAAAUGCAGAAAAAAGUGUGUGUGUGACAGAAAUGACUUCCACGAGCGAUGACUCUAAGAAGGACUUCAAUACCGAUGAUUCAGCCACAGAGAAGAACUCUCAAGAUGAAGGUCCCAAUUUAAGUUUGUUCGUGCCAAGGGAGACAACUCACGAGUUCCUUUCUGUAUCACAGUCACGUAAUCAAAGUCUUACCUCUCUGGCUAUAAAAUUUCUUCAAGAAGAGAAAGCAGAAACCUGCAAUCAUAAUCGAGUCCCUAAUGUAAAGGCGUUGAUGGAGAGUGAGGAACGAACUUCUCUGCAGCCCCAAUCUGGCUCUCGGCCCCAAGUAUCACAGCCUGGGUGCCAGCAGUCUUUACAUUCAACCCAGGGUCACACUUCUGAAAGCCCCUUCACCAGUCAGAUCAGUGUCGCUGACAGGAAGACACUUCCUAGCUCCCUGGGGCUGGAGUGGUUUCCAGAGCUCUAUCCUGGUUAUCUUGGCCUAGGGGUGUUGCCAGGGCAGCCUCGGUGUUGGAAUGCAAUGGCCCAGAAGCCCCAGCUCCUCAGUCCCCAGGGGGAAAGACUGUCUCAAGUUCCUUUGUUGGAAAGAAGUUCGACUGCUGUAAGGAGUUCGGAACCCCCGACCAGGCUUACAACCUCCAACUUCUCUCUAACGAGACUCUUGGGAGCUGUACAGAAAGGCUGGAUCAGGUGCAGCACCACCAUGAAGAGUGGAGUUGGUGGCAUCACAAUGCUCUUCACAGGAUACUUCGUCCUUUGUUGUAGCUGGAGUUUCAGGCAUCUGAGUAAGCCUUUCUAUAUUUUUAGCCUCAAUUACAGGUCACAUCCCACUAUAGGCACCUCUAAGGGAUUCUCCAAAGUGCUUUUUGUAUUACACUUUUGCAGUAUCUGACACGCCUUAGUGAAUGAGCUAUUAUUGCCUGAGGCUCUGGGGUUUUUUACUGGAGGUUUUGGUUAUAAUGGCCUUUAUAAGAUUUGAUUAGCAUUUACAUAAUUGCUCUUGUGCUCCAUUUAAUGUUGUCACUGGAGAUCUGGUGGUCUUGUGUUUUCGCCUUCAAGCUGUUUGCCUGCUGGAAGAUCAGGGCUCUUCUUGGUGACUUUUUAGCUCCUCCCUAAGAACUUCUUUUUUAGGACUGAAACCAAACAGGUUGAUACCUCAAAAGAGAAAAGGAGAAACAGAAUGCAGCUGUCACUCAUCAGUGUGUCCAAGGCUUAUAGCUGUCUGGGUUCAUCUACUUUUAUCUUUUACAAAACAAACACCCUUCUAGUUAUGAGUUUCAGCUUGCACUAAAUCUUACCAGAAGGAAAAUGGCUGAAUUUCAUUUCUCUUUUAAAGAUAACUUUUGCUUAUUUUUUUAAAGUAUUGUUUUAUAAAAAUAUAUCCUAUAUAGUUAAAAAUAAAAAAGACAUUUAUAAGAAGAUAUUUUAAAAGCCCAGUAUUUUUCCACAAUUAAAAAAAAAAAAAAAAAAGCCGAGAUGCUUUCAGAUGAAAACUUGUGGUGUAAAAGUGCAAGAUAACGAUGAGCACUAGAGGCCAGCAGAAUUCACAGACUUCUAAAAUGCCGGGGUUUACUGGCUAAUUCAGUGCCUCGUAAGCAAGCAGCUCCAGAAGCAGGAGGGCCUGCGGCAGGCCAGGCGCAGCGGCCCUGCCCUCUUGUGCUCCAGCUGCCUGUGGGACCUAAAACCUCCCGUCAUUUCCUUCAGAGGGGGAGGCCUGCCCUUAGUGCUCUGCCUGCCUGGAAGGGAUCAUUUAGUUGAUAGUGAGGUUAUUUUUCACAUCUAUACCUUGAGACUGAAGAGAGUGAAGCAGAAACUUCUUGUUGUGCCUAAGACUUUAUUUCCAAAUUUAUAAAACAAAAAUACAGCGCAGUGACCUGUAGAGGCGAGAGGUAGAAACAGUCGAGAGAAGUGGCCUCUCGGAUCCUUACAUUUAUCUCUGUUUAU